ACAGAAGCGAUUGGCCCCGCCCCUUGCUCGGUCGCUGGGUUCGUGCUGUGUGAGGCCUCCCCGCCCCCCUGCGCGGUUCCUGCGGGCCCUGUGGCGUCGGGAUGAGCCGCGCUUCCCCAUGGAGACCAAACGGGUCGAGAUUCCCAGCAGCGUCCUGGACGAUCUGUGCAGUCGAUUUAUUUUGCACAUUCCGAGUGAGGAAAGAGACAAUGCAAUCAGAGUGUGUUUUCAGAUUGAACUUGCCCAUUGGUUUUACUUGGAUUUCUACAUGCAGAACACACCAGGAUUACCUCAGUGUGGGAUAAGAGACUUUGCUAAAGCUGUCUUUAGCCAUUGCCCUUUUUUACUGCCUCAAGGUGAAGAUGUGCAAAGGGUUUUGGAUGAGUGGAAGGAGUAUAAAAUGGGAGUACCAACCUAUGGUGCAAUUAUUCUUGAUGAGACACUUGAAAAUGUGCUGCUGGUUCAAGGAUAUUUAGCAAAGUCUGGCUGGGGAUUUCCAAAAGGGAAAGUAAAUAAAGAAGAGGCUCCACAUGACUGUGCAGCUAGAGAGGUGUUUGAAGAAACUGGUUUUGAUAUCAAAGAUUACAUCUGCAAAGAUGACUACAUUGAACUACGAAUCAAUGAUCAGCUAGCACGCUUGUACAUCAUUCCAGGAGUUCCAAAGGACACAAAAUUCAACCCCAAAACCAGAAGAGAAAUUCGGAACAUUGAAUGGUUCUCAAUUGACAAAUUACCAUGCCAUAGAAAUGACAUGACCCCAAAAUCCAAGCUAGGUUUGGCACCUAACAAGUUUUUCAUGGCCAUUCCCUUCAUCAGACCUUUGAGAGACUGGCUUUCUCGAAGAUAUGGGGACUCCUCUGAUAGUGACAAUGGAUUUUCAUCCACUGGGAGCACACCAUCCAAGCUCAACAUGGAGAAAACAAGAUCCAAAAUUCGUUAUAGCCAGCAGGUGUUUACAGAUGGCUCUCCAGGAGACCAGUGGACAAAGUACAGACAACCACAGCAACAGAAGCCAUAUAACAAUCAUUCUGACAUGUCUGAAGCGCUAAAAAUAAAGAACAUGAGGGGUAAUGGUAGAAAGCAAUAUCAAGACACUUCUAACCAAAAGAAGAGGACAAAUGGGGUCCACAGUCAGCCAACAAAACAGAACCAUACAUUGAAAUGUGAAAAAAAACUUAAUCCAAGAAGACUUCAGGAUAACUUUGAAACAGAUGCAGCAGUGUAUGAUAUGUGUUUCUCCAUUGAAGACCUGCUGGAACAUACAGAGGCACACUCUGUGGCAUGUAAUGGUCAUUACAAAAUCACUUUCUCAUCAAGAGCUUUCUUAAGCUUCAAGUUUGACCAUGAUGCCAUAAUGAAAAGUUUUGACCUCUGACAGCACACCUAUUAUGGAUGAACAAAAAUCAAAGACUGACCUUUUACAGCAAAAGUUUUCAUUAAUGACAAAUACCUGGCUUCCUCACUGAGGAAUCCCGAACAAAGGCUGCAGAAAACAGGCCUGAUUUUAUGAAAUCUAGCAUAAAAGUGAGAGUUGAAAAUAAAUUUGAUAAAUAUGCAAUAAUUUCUAUUUCUUUGUGUACAAGGUACUGUUUCAGAAAUAUGUAUUGACAGUUUCCUCCUUUCUCAAGGUCUCAAACAGCUUAUUAAAUGUGUUUGUAUAUGACCUGCCUUUGGGUUUCAGGGUGCCCUGCACUGUGAACAUUUCAGAUUGUUUACUCUUACUAGUUUUUGUAUGUCCUUUUUGUGUGUUUUAUGUUCAAAAUGUUAAAUGAAUCUUUUAUACUUGUACUCCUACACUUUGGAAUACACCUUACAGGAAUGUCUGUAAAAGAGUGAAGAAACAGCAAAUGGAUGAUUGAGUUUCAUUCAGUGGAUUUUUUGGUUUUGAGAGUAGGUGGGCAUUUGGAGAGGCAAGAUUAUCUAGUCAAAUUGAUUGUGAAUGGACUUCAGAGAUCUAAGCGCUUGUUGGUGUGAAGAUGCUUGAAAAGUAAGCAUGUCAGUCUACUGUGCUUGGAAUAAAACAACUCACCUACAGUUGCUAACCAAAUUGUGGCUCACUCAUUUGUGUCCUUGAAGUUAAGACUUAUGAAAUUAUGAGGAAGAAUGUUUAAUGGACAAAAAGCUCAAUGCAGGUACUGGAAAUUCUGGAAUUAGUUCACUUAGCAGUCUCUAGUACUACAUAAACAGUAAUUUAUUUUAGUUUUUUUAGUGCAGUUGUAUGCAUUUUCCCCCAAUUCACUUUAUGCAGUGUGUGGGGUUUUGGUUUUUAAUUUUAGAGGAUUUUGUGGCUAUAGACUAACUUAGCAUGUUUUGUAACUUGGUUGUCUUUUUAAAAAUUUCCAUUUUUUCAAUACACUUGCGUGCUAUUGAAUCUUGCACAGAGUUUGAGGUCUGGAGAUAGAGGUAUGGAAGGGGAAAAAAUAUUUUUUUAUUUCACAAUUGAAAGCUUCCCUUUCUGUAUGUUUAGUUUAUAGUAAGUCUCUCUGACACAACUACAGGUUUACAUACUGUGCUCUGAUUGCAGUUUACUUUGGAGAUCUACAAAAACAAUGUUCACUGUGUUUACUCUUUGACUGUUUUAAAAUGCUGCAUGUAUAACAACUGCAUUUUAAUGUUAAGGCAAACUGCGCAGUCUGGUUAUUUCUAACAUGUUUCCAAUCAGAUUGUCAUUUUAAUAUGAAAAAUGCAUUUUCUUUUGUGAUCACUGAUUUUAAGUGUUUUUUUUCCAGUGUGAUUUCCUCCACCUCCCCUCCCCCCUAAACCCUGGCUGGCCUGAAUCAAGCUCUAUCUCUGUGUUGGAACUUGGGCCAUAUGGCCAGUUUUAACACCUCAACUGUAUAGUGUUAGCUCAGUGAGCUUUUCAUUUUUAGCUACCUGGUUCAAAUCCUGAAUUAAUAAAUCAUACUGACUACUUCAGUCUAGGAGCUAGAAUGUCUUGAGUUAGUCCGGUGUCUUUUCUCUGGGCCAACCCCAAGGUGCACUAAUCUUGUAAAACUAAAUUUACUGGAAUUUAUUCUAAUCUAUAUUGGGAAGCCAAAACUUUUGGAAAAGGUGAGCUUGUGGAAUAGUGUAAACCUUCUUUAUAGACUUAAGUGAUUUGCAGUUUAAAUAUAGGCACAAGACUUUGUUGUUUUAGCUUUGUUGAUAUAGGUUUCAAAUGACUUUUGGAAUUACACUAGACCAAUGAUUUUUUUUUAACCUUUUUGUGGACCCUAAAAAAUUUCAAAUGGAGGUGCGGGCCCCUUUGGAAAUCUUAGACACAGUCUAUGGAUGCCCAGGGGGCUGCAGACCACAGGUUGAAAACCACUACCCUGGACUGAAUUUGAGUCCACUUCAGCAUUUUAGUGUUGAAGCAACCAAAAUAUUUAAGAUGUGGAGUUUAUACAUGAAAUUAAUUCACCCGUAUUACAGUAAACGAGGUGUAGAAAGUUAAGCUCUGGUCAUGCUUUUUUGCCCCUUUUAUUUUUAUAUAUUUGUAGCAGUGUUCUUAUUCAACAAUGGAAGGAGCAAGAGAAUGGGCUAAAAGCUAGUAUUUGCACUGUUUUUUAUACUGUACGUAAGCACUGAUAAGAAAUGCAGUGUGUUCUUCUCCAAGUGUGCAUUUCACUACUGUUCCAAGUAAGUUAUAAGCCUUACUGUGAGGGUGUGACACUGCAUAUGUAGCAAUUCCUUCCUUCAUGGUCACAUUCAGGAUCAUGCAAGAACAAAUGCCUCAAUUUUAAAUGUUCUUCUACUGACCUAAUGCUUAGGUUUAAUUUUACAGUGACUUUAGAUUAAAGAAAAAAGCAAACAUUGAUUUUCAUGGUUUCUAAUGUGACUCCAAUUUUAGGACAAUCUGUAGGAAACAUGAACCAAAAUGAUGGCCUAUGCUCCUGAUAGUUUGCCAGCUAACACAUACAGGAUAUUUGGGGAAGGAUCAGGAUGGGAUUUAAGGAGUUUUACUCGUGAAAUUAUCUGUUCAAAUGAUUUCUGGGUGGCUAGGAAGAAAAAACAUACCAUUUGGUAAUUCUGCAGGAAAAAACUUGUGUGUAAAAAUAACUUGUUCAUAUUUAAUUUAACAAAACUGUACCAUGAAAUUGUUUAAAACAUUCAUUCUGUAUGAAUUAUUUGCUCAAAAGGUAAAUUGUACAAAGAGGUGAAAACUAACAACUUGCUAGUCUCUAAUAUUACUAUGAAGUUUAGAUUACAUAUCUUUUAAUAAGAUAUAGAAAUCAUGUUCUAAAUAUGUUGAAAGUGCCACAACUUUUUUGUGAUGAGAAAUGCAACAAAUUUUUCAGUGAGAUGUUGAUGUACAUAAAAUGCUAUAAUUAAAACUUAAUUUGCUUUGCUGAUUGUGACAAGAACAUGAUUGAAUCUUGUAAGCUCUCGAGGACAUUCAGAUAGGAUUUAUUAGCAUUUCAUCUAAUAGUUUUCUUACGUAACAGGAUUGUUCCAAUCUGGUGAGAAUAAAAAGAGAUCCCCUCCUACUCUAACAAUUCUAAGAGCUACUUGAUUUCUAGAGAGCAAAUAUAUUUCUCAGCCUUGUAACAGACAACCACAUACAAUAUCCAAAGAAAAAUUAUUCCAUGCUGUAUAAAAAAUGUCUAAAUUCUAUGAUUGUCUUGCAGAAACAUAAGCAAUGACAAGGAUUAGUUCUGGGAUGAGGAAGUAUUCUAUUGUAUAGGCUAGGUAUGAGUGGAACUUUAAGAAUGAGGUCCAUCUUUACUGGUGGUGAGUGUUAUAUUUUAUUUAAGCCAGUAUGAACAUUUAUUUGUAGUAUUAUGCUACUUAAGUUACAGGUUUUACUCAGUUUCUAUGAGCUAGUCCUGAAGAGCACCAUUCAACUCUUCAAAUUUAGGUAAGAUCUGUAACCGCACUAACAAACAGAUUACAUGUAUUUUUGAAGCAUUGUGUAUAUCUAGACAUUGAAGCACAUUGUUUGUUAGACCAUUAACAUUUAGAGUCAUUGGCUGUUCCUUUGUAAUUCUGACAGUAAAAAAUGCUUUAAAGUAUGACUUGCUGGAUAAAAUUUACUGUAAUAAUGAAGUAUGAGUAUGAACAUCACUGUUGGCGGUUUGAAAUUUCAUGUCUGUGCUGCUUUGGGCAGCUAACAAUCUUACACUGUAGAAUGUUUUGACUUAUGUUGCCUUAAAUGCCCAUUAGUAGCACUGAGUCUACAUGUGCCAGUUAUAGCAAGCAUUGCUAAAGUUAAAACUGACUGGAGCUGGACAUAAGGGGAUUCUUUUGACAAUGUUUGGAACAUUGGAUGAGAGGAUUUACUGUCAGACCCCGAUCAGUGCUUUUUGAAGUAUUUGUGAAAUGGAGUGAUUUGUCAUUAAAAGAAUCAAAUGUGUUAAACUGUCUAUAUGUACCUUUCCAUUUAAAAAUGUUUGCCUUUUAAUGUAUAACCGGAGGGCCUGUUUCAUAUUAAAUUUAUAGAGGAGUUGUACAAGGAGAAUGAGGUAGCUGCAGACCUAUUUAAUACAGUCCUGGAAAGCUCUGUCCACUUUAUUGGGGGGGGGGGGGGGGAAGUUAUGUGAAGGUGGUAAAACUUCUGUGUUUUUCCUCUUAGAAAAAAAACAACUACUCCACUUAAUGUCCUUAAAUUGUCAAUUCUGACCCCCUCCUGCACCCCAACUCCGUGCCCCAUCCCAGAGCCCACAGCCCACACCCAAACUCCCUCCUUAGAUGCCUUAAGAUAUUUUUCAGAGCAUUGUGAAAAUCAGGGUUGGAAGGGACCUCAUCUAGUCCAACCCCCAAACAGCUUUUUGCCCUAUAGCCCUAAGUGGCCCCCUCAAGGAUUGAACUCAACACUGGGUUUAGCAGGCCCGUGCUCAAACCACUGAGAUCUCUCCCCCUCCAAGGAGAUGCACUGGUCCUGGAGACGAUGCAUGGGGUGGACAGAGCAGUCCUCAAAUUAAGGACAUAUCAGAUAUAACAAAUUUUUUCACAUCUUAGCUCAGGUGGUACAGACUACCUAUCAAGCCUUCAAUAGAUGUGUGUUAAGUUUUAGAGUGUAUGUAACUAGUUACAGGACUGAAACUAACAAAUGAAACUCAUAUGUUAGCAUUAGAAAUAUUUAUUCAGAAUAUAAGAACAUUUGUAAAAUAAAAAGUAUUAUAAAUGUC